AGAGGAAAGGGGAAAAAAAAAACUCCGCGAGACGCUCGGCAAAGCCGAAGAGGGUUCACGAGUGAACGAACGGACAGUAGGACUUGUUAAAACAACUCAAUUUGGGUGUUAGUCUGAUGGCCGUUUACUGACCCCUACAAACUGACAGUUUUAUCCAGUGGGGCGUUUUUGCUGCAGGUUGUUUACUGCCCUGAGGUAGCACUGUAGAUGUUUAAACAUGUGUUUGCGGUAACAUUCGAGUCGGCGGUACGGCUACAGCCUUCCAGAAAAGUGCCAAUGCUGAGGAAUGGAUGGUGAAGACGGGAACAUGGUGGCCACUCGGGAUGAACAGGUGGAGGGGAACAGCGCGGACACAUCAGCCCUUCAGCAGUGCCAACUUCUCCAAAACAUCAUCGACAUCACCAUCUCCAAUUUACAGGGACUCAGGACCAAGUGCGCCGCGUCCAACGACCUGACCCAGCACGAGAUCCGCACCCUGGAGGUGAAACUGGUGAAGUACAUCAGUAAGCAGCUGCAGUGUAAGCAGAGGGUUCCAGUGUGUGAGCGAUCGCUGGCCCUCAGCACAUACCCACACCUUGUGGAUUGGCUCCAUACCAUUAACCUCAGACCUGAAUUCAUAGAGUCAGUAGCAGAGAAUCUGUCUCUUGAUGCAUUGCUGCAGAUGUCUGGUUCUCAGGUGCAGGAGACCAUGAGGAAAUUGGGCUCCAGUGUUGAUGAGUGCUCCCGCAUCACUGCUGCCCUCUCCUGUCUCAAGAGCACCAGCACCACCUCCACCUCCAGAACUGGGCCUUGGACAGGACGGGAGCUCAAAGAAGACGGAAUUCCCUGGAUCGUAGAACCUGCUCGCUGUGACAUCUCAGCUAAUCAGCUCUCCUGCUUCAGUCAAAGCCCACAACCCUACAGCCCAAACCCAGCUAUUCAGGUUCCUUUUACUCCCACGAUGCCUGGCUCCCAACGUUCUGUCUCUGUUUCUGCUGUAUCCUCUCUGGACUGCCCAACUGGGCCCCAUGCUACCACGUUAUUGAAUGGACUAGGCAACCCUUUCUACUCCUCACCUCAGCUGCUGCGGCACCCACUGGGAACAGUAUCGACACCGCCUCCUACACCGCCCACCUUUAGGAAUGACCUCUUAAAGCCCCCACACACACCACCACCGCCAUCCAAGCUCCGCCAGCUCUUCCCCACCCUGCCUCGUAGCAAGAGCCACACACAGCUCGCCAACCGCAUAGAGGAGCCUUCAAACAAGAAUGUGAAGAAGAAUAAGAUGCUUCUCAAUGUGCAUGUAAAUGUGCAAGAUGUGAGAAAUGGCUUUGAUGAUUCGCCCUCACGAUCACCACUGCUCUCUGUCCCCUCUCCACAAAUUAUUCCCAACACACGCAUCCAAGUGGAAAGUCCAACACUGAAAGACAAAGGAAGAUCUCCACAGGCUAUGAGGAGAGAUUAUGGUCUUACAAUCACACAUAGAUUUUCCACCAAGUCAUGGUUCUCCCAGACGUGUGUGGUGUGUAAGAAAAAUAUGCUGUUUGGUGUAAAGUGCAAACACUGCAAGUUAAAGUGCCACAACAAGUGUACCAAAGAAGCACCCCAGUGCCAGACAAUUCCAAUUUCGAAAAUCAGAAGGACAGAGUCAGUUCCAUCUGACAUUAAUAACCAGGUGGAGCGGCUACCAUCAGCCACACAAUUUGGCACGUUACCAAAGACUUUAAACAAAAAGGACCUUCCUCCACCUGUAAUUCAGCCAGACUCCAGCAGUAACCCCUCUUCUACCACCUCCUCCACACCUUCCUCACCUGCCUUCAGCUCAAGCAACCCACCAAGUGCCACUCCACCAGCAAACCCCUCUCCUAAAGGGCCCAACGAUGGCCGAUUUCACUUCCCAGCUUCCUGCCAUUAUCAGUUCAGACAACAGUUUAUCUUCCCUGAUAUAUCAAGUUCUCAACAUCUGGAUGGCCAUGACUUAGGAGAGACAGAGCAAGUACCGAAUGAGACGAUCACACAGGCAGUGAGGCAAGAAGAAGCAGCUGUGAAUGAUGAUGUGGAUGGUGAAGAAGCACAACAGGAACAUGAAAGACAAGACGAGGCUGCUUCUUAUGGGGAAUCUGAAGGUGAAGAGGACGAACUGGACGACCUGCCCAGCUGCACAAGAUCCUGGAAGGGCCCCAUCUCACGCAAGGUCAGCCAGACGAGUGUAUACCUGCAGGAGUGGAAUGUUCCCUUUGAGCAAGUUGAGCUCGGGGACCUUAUAGGAAAAGGCCGCUGGGGAAAGGUGUACCGCGGACGCUGGCAUGGGGAGGUGGCUGUGCGCCUGCUGGAAAUCGAUGGAAAUAACCAAGACCACUUAAAGCUUUUUAAGAAGGAAGUCAUGAACUACAGACAGACUCGGCACGAGAACGUGGUGCUGUUCAUGGGAGCCUGCAUGAACCCUCCUCAGCUGGCCAUCAUUACAAGUUUCUGCAAGGGUCGGACGCUGCACUCUGUUGUCAGAGAUUCUAAAAGCUCACUUGACAUCAAUAAGACCAGGCAAAUCGCUCAGGAAAUUGUAAAGGGAAUGGGCUACCUCCAUGCAAAGGAUAUCGUGCACAAGGAUUUAAAGUCCAAAAAUGUCUUUUAUGACAACAACAAAGUGGUGAUUACGGAUUUCGGUUUGUUCGGAGUAUCAGGAGUGGUGCAGGAGGAUCGGCGAGAGAAUGAACUGAAACUGCCACAAGGUUGGAUUUAUUACCUGGCUCCUGAGAUUGUACAGAAGAUGUGUCCUGGAAAUGAAGACCUCUUACCCUUUUCUAAAGCUGCUGACGUUUAUGCCUUUGGCACUAUCUGGUAUGAGCUGCAGGUGAGAGACUGGCCUAUUAAAACCCAGCCAGCCGAAGCUGCUAUCUGGUUGCUGGGAAGUGGAGAAGGCAUAAAGAGGCAGCUGGCCCAGAUUAGCCUGGGCAAGGAAAUUACGGAGAUCUUGUGUGCAUGCUGGUCCUUUAAACAUGAGGAAAGACCAAGAUUCUUUCAGCUAGCUGAUUUACUAGAGAAGCUUCCUAAGCUCAACCGGAGACUCUCUCACCCUGGACAUUUCUGGAAGUCUACUGAGUAUGUAUCAUAGUGAUGUGAGCUUGCAUGCUGUCACCCUGCACUGCCUCACUAAAGAGAGCAAGCUGAAGUGAUCUCUUCUCAGUAAUCUUUAAGAGAUAAAUGUGUGUCUGAAUGUGUGUAAAGACUUCUUUAAUUCCUGAGCCUUAUCCAAGAGUCUUAAAUUCGUAAGACAUUUUUAAGGUAAAUCUGAUUUACCUUUAACACAUGGCUUCAAUUCAGAAUUCAGUGAAUUCAUUGCAGCAGAUGGUUUAUUUUUUAAUGAGUUUUAGUUUUAAAUGUGAAUGUUUUAUUUUGAGAAACAGCUGUAUGUUCAGUCUGAGUAAUGUGUUUUUUAGCAGAUGAUUCUCCAUGUAAGGUGCAGAGUACUGUACUCUAUCUAUCUGAAAUUUUCUUCCGCCAGUUAUUUUGGUACAGUAGAAGCAGUCUUCAUACAUCAAAGUCACAUAUUUCUAGUGCAGUUAGUAGAGAUACGACACCGGUAGCAAAAUAAAUUUAGCAAAUUAAAUAUUGUAAUGUCGGUCAGGUUGAGAUUAUGUGUAAGAGGAAGCAGAAGAGAAAACAAUAGCUUUGAUAAAUGAAACUCUUUGCAUUGAUAAUAAAUGUAUUUUUGUAUUCUCUCUGACCUUUCCUUCCCCUAUGUCCUCUCUGUGCCUGGGCCUGGAUCUAUCGUCUUGUUUUUGCCCACUGCUCCUUUUUUACUGUCUGGGAUAAACCACCAUUCUUUCACUGUGCUACAUCUCAAAAUUCAACCCAAAUCCUCCAUCUUCUUUUCUUUGUCCAUCUGUUUUUGUUUCUUUUUAUGUCCUCCAAUUUCUCCUUCCCACAACAAUCACGUCUGUCAUUUGUGGCUUCCCUCUGCGUCCAGCUCUUGGCAUCAUCACUGUCUGCGGGAACACUGUAGCCAGGGAAUGUGCUCUCACUGCCCCUACAUAUACAGAUAUGAUAUUUAGUGCACAGCUUCAGCACAUGUGAGCAUGGCUGGUCCAUUAAAGGAAUGUGGUGUUUGAAAUUUACUUCAGAAAACAAGCUUUAUUUACACUUGUAAACAUUGCAGUCAUCUAGGGCGAUAUGACAAAAUAUCAAUAUUGCAAUUUCAACAAUUAAGGCACAGUACAAUUUUUUUACAUGGUUAAUUUGAUAAAUAAUGUUUUUUUUUUAAUUGGCCAAUCUGAGUAUUGUGAUUUACAUGAAUGAUGUAAUGAAUUUGAUAUGAUUACAAUAAAAUAUGUAGAAUUACACUUUUAAAUUGUAAUCAUUAAUAAUUCUACAACACUGACCAACGCCACUGUAAGUUAGACUGAAAAGUAACUGAAUGAAUAUUAAAAUUUUCUGCCUUGGUCCUUUUUAAAUAUUUAUUUUUUUAAUUUUUAGGAGUCAAAAGCAUAAAAAUCAAAGCUUUCCUUAGUUUCCGCAUUAUACAUUAUAACUAAAUAUCAUAACAUAUUGCAUAUCAUCAAGACAUUUUCAAGUAUCAUACUAUACCAGGAACACUGGGAACACACACUAUAUAUAUUUAUCUAUAUAUCUCUUCUAUUUGGUAUCUUUGCCAUAUUGCCCACCCAAAAAACACCACUUUAUUGUAUUUCUCAUUCAUGUCUAACGUUGAUUAGGCUUGUGUGAUGAUGUUUUUUUUCCCUGCUUGCCAUUUACCAUUAAAAAUACUGACGUUAAACUGUUUUAAUCGUCCCGUUCCCCCUUAAAAAAGACAGGAAACUGAGGAUUUUCACAAUUUCAGGUUCGAUUACAGUAUGGGAGGGUGUUGUAAUAAUUCUAGCUGUGCAGUUGGAAGUUGCUUUAGCUUUAUGCUUUAGCAAUUGCCUAAACCAUGCUGUUGAUUAUAAGGUGAUUCUACAAUAAUGUCCAAUUAAAAAAAAAAAUUCAUUCCAAUCCUUUCACAAUUUAGUUGUCUAUAGGGCUGACAUGAAGAAUCCAAAACAGCAGAUUGAAUCACUUUCAUCAGCAUCAUUAAACUAGUAAAAUCUUGAAUUUGAGACACUGCUAUUUUUAGGUCAAAGUAUUUUCUUUAAUCAUUUUUUGCUUUCUGUUGAAAACACAAAGCACCUUUUUUUGACCAUCUUCAGGUUAAGUUUUGUAGUGCCUUCCUAAAUAAAAAGAUUUCUCUUGUCAAAUGAAGGUCAAACAUAUGUUAAUAGAUAUAAUUUCAUUUUAAUAAACUCAAAACCUUCACUUAAAUUGAAAGAAGGGUGUCUGUCAAUAUCAGAGAGCUCAAAACACGUGCACACAUCAUUCCAAAAGGAUGUGUCAAAAGUCUUAUUCUCCAUUUUAUUGGAGGAGAAAACAAAUUGUCUUUUGGUGUAUUUUUGAAAGUUACCUCAUAUAGAUGUUUUAGUUGGGUAAAGUAAAAUGGGUAAAGGGUGGUUAUAAUAUGGAUGUUUAACACUGGAUGUUUUGGCAGCGGAAAAUCAUUUCGAGAAAAUUAAGAAGUUAUAUCACACAAACCUCUCAUUGAGAUAUUGGACAUGUAUGUAACUUUUACAUUUGUUUCUAUAGAUGACAGUGUUCUAAUUCAAGAUGGUUUCUGUUCAAUUAGCACCAAUAUCUGAUUUGUUUAACUUGCUAUAUUCCAACUGUCUGUGUUUCUCUUCCUUCUCCUAUGGCCAGAGCUAGCUGAUCAUAAACUGCACAGAGAUCUCUGCUGAUAAUUUUCUAUCUAAGAAAAAAUGGAUCAUUUUGUAAAACUCUUGCAUAUGCAUGCCUGCCUGUUCCUGCUUGCUAUCCUUGGGUAAGAGAUCUAAAACUAAUGAUGCUGCUGAUCCCUUAUUCAUGCUUUAGUGAAGCUGUCAAAGCUAGCAGUAAACAUGCCUUAUCUUAUUUGUAAAUCUCAUAAUACAGUCUUGUACAGUACAAUCUUUAAUGUAAAGUUUGGGUAAAGCUGUCUGCACUUUAACUGGAAAUUCUGUGGAAUCCUGUUGUCAUUCUUCUCACGGUCUGCAAAUAAUGAACCGAGGCAAAGUGAACUGAAGUGAGAAGGUGGGGAAAUGGAGUGUUUGUAGGAAUGUGUGUUUGUAAAUGAUUUCUACUUUAUGUAAAGCAUGUCUUCAUGGUAAAUUUGGAGCGUGGAAUGUUCAGAGAAUUGUACUGGCACAGAAAUGUGCACUUAAGAGGGAUUUAAAACGGUGGUUGGAAAUGCAGAUGAAACUUUUGCUUGUAUUAAAGUAAAGAAAAGCAUAACUUUUAUGUGAUAUUGAAUUUGUAGAUAUUGUCUUUAUUUAAUAUACAGCCCGGCCUCCUAUUAUUUGUACAAACUUUUAUAUGAUUGUUUGUCAUUACAGCAUUUGGAGUAGGUACUUUUAUUCCGGUUUUAUAGAUAUUAACAUAAGUAUGUUGUAAAACACAGAAUGUACAUUUUUAACUGGUUCAGUAUGUAUUUUAAUGGAUUUAAGAAUGUAUCUUUGUACAGUAUGUUUAAUGUGUUGGGAUAGUUUAUUUCAUGUUGUCUUUAACCUUAAAAAGCAAUAAAGCCUAAUUUGUUAGUGUUUAUGAAUGCCUUUUUUGAAUGGGAACGAAGCUGUGAUUUACUGGGAAAUUCUAAAGUGCUCAUGAAUGUCUUUGUACCUGUUUGGGCAUUAACAUGGAUAAAACAUAAUAAUUUGUAAAGAGGUACUGUAAUUUGGAUUUGGAUACGCUUACGCUUAUACCUGC